AUGGGGCAAAUCCCCAACAGGCCGGGCGGCCCCUGGAGAGCGAUUCUCUUGGCAGCCUCUGUCCUGGGCUCCUGCCUCCAGCUGGCGCCAGCCCAGACCCCAGUGACCAUCAUCAUCACCCCGCUGAGCCCCAUGGUGGGAGGGGACGUGAGCCUGGCCCCACAGAAUCUGCCACAGGACGUGCUGGUCUGCAGCUGGUACCGAUCAGCGACCACUCAUGAAAGCAGCCGGAUCCUCACCUACUACCCACCUCCUGCCCCUGAUCAGAUCCCUGGCCCAGCCCACACGGGGCGGGAGACAGCGGGGCCGGGCUGCACCCUGCACAUCGCGGGGUUAACGCUCAGCGACACCGGGAACUACACGGUGCUGAUACAGAGCCGUACCGGUACUAACCCUGUCCGCUCUAUCAGGGUGGGUCUGCGCAUCUCUGAAAUGCUGCCCAGGCCCACGGUGACGCCCGACCAAACCCAGGUGCUGGAGAACGGGACCUUCACCCUCACGUGUAACAGCUCCCCCAGCGCCGACACCGUGCUCUGGCUCCGGGAUGGGGCGUCCCUCGUGCCCAGUGAGCGGCUGGGGCUGUCCCCUGAAAACCGGACCCUCAUGGUGCCAAAUGUCACCCGGGGCGACGCCGGCGCCUACCAGUGCGAGGUCGGGAGCCCCGUCAGCUCCGUACGCAGCGAGCCCAGCACCGUGACGCUGGCCUAUGGGCCAGACUCUGCCAGGAUAGACCUGCCCGGACCCAUCGCCCUGACUCUCGGGUCGCUUCUGAACCUGACGUGUGUCUCUGACUCCGUCCCAGCCCCGAGCUAUCGCUGGGUUCUCAACGGCACCGACACUAACGAGACCAGGAUAAUCUUGACCUUUAACCCCACGACCUGGGCUCAGCAGGGCACGUACAAGUGCCGGGCUCACAACCCCAUCACCGGCCGCACUGCCUGGGCGUCUGUUGCCAUGUGGGUGACAGGGACGGAUGCCCCUCGUCCAGCUCUCUCUGCCGGGGCCGUCGCUGGGAUUCUCAUCGGGUCACUAGCAGGGGCAGCGCUGGUCGGAGUUGGGGCCUAUUUCCUCUACUCUCGCUGCCGGAACAAGACCCCCAAGAAGAACGGGGCACCCGUCCUGGUGUACGAGAACCUGCCCCUUACAGCCUGGGCGGGGCCAGUGGCCCAGCCCGGGAGCUCCCCUGACCCCAGCCCCACGUACCAGACGCUGCAGCCCCGACAGCCGGACGUGUACGAGGAGCUGAAGAAGUGA